GAAUGCUCCACCUUUUCUGGUCAUGUGACUACUGAACGGCGACCAAAACAACAUUGCUGAUCGAAACACAAGUCUGGAUAGAGUUGCAGUGCUAGAAAAAACUAGCAAAAUAUCGUUUUACUCUUUACAAUAAGUAUAACGGGAUCCACACCUGUCUAACAGACAGGCCGUUUCAAUGCAUUACAGGGAACUGAAAACGCUGCGGAGAUGGACGCGUACGAUUUGUUUACAAGUUGCAGAAAGGGCGACAUUUCCAGAGUUAGGUAUCUUGUUGAACAGAGAGACGUGGACCUCAAUGUAAGAGACAAAUGGGACAGCACCCCAUUGUACUAUUCUUGCCUUUGUGGCCAUGAGGAGUUGGUCCAGUACCUAUUGGCUAAUGGAGCAAAGUGUGAAGCCAACACGUUUGAUGGAGAGAGAUGCAUGUACGGUUCUCUGAGUGACUCCAUCCGACGCCUCCUCAAAGAGUACAAAUGCAUCACAGCCCGAGCUAUGCAGAGGGACUAUUAUGACCAUUUCCUGCUCAUGUUACUGGAGCAAGGUCAGUAUAGUGACGUCAAGUUCCUGGUUCACGGUGAGACAUUUCAGGCUCACCGCUGUGUGUUGAGUGCCCGCUCAGAGUACUUUACAGCCAUGUUUGAAACCAAAUGGAAGGGGAAAGACUUGAUCCCCCUCAAACACCCUUUGAUCAACCCUGCAGCCUUUGGAGCCCUCCUGCAGUAUUUUUAUACAGGUGGUAUGGAUAUUGAUGUGAGCCACGUAGAAGACUGCAAGCGGCUGGCCAAACAGUGCAAAAUGGGCGACCUCAUCGAUGAGCUGGAGAGCAAGUGCAAACAGGUUUAUGAGUUUGUUUCCAAUAAGCCAGGAACCUGUGUGAAGGUUCUGACCCUGGAGCCUCACAGCUGUCAGCAUCAGGAGGAUAUGGCACAGCUAGCAGACUGUGCGCUACCCGCCGAGUUAAGGGUGGGAUUUGGCGAGCUUCCAUUUGAUAGAACUGACAACUUCCCUAGCUACCCUGACAUCUGCUUCCGGGUUGAAGGAUAUGACUUCCUGUGUCAUAAGGCAUUUUUCUGUGGGCGCAGUGAUUAUUUCAAGGCCCUGCUGGAGGACCACUUCAGUGAGGGAGAGAUGCUGCUGUCUCAGCCCAGCACCCCGGUCCUCACCCUCCACAACAUCUCCCACCAGAUUUUCAUUCGCCUUAUCUACUACAUCUACAGCGACGACACAGAGCUGUCCCCAGAGAAUGUGUUUGACGUGCUGUGUGUGGCUGAUAUGUAUCUGCUCCCUGGGCUCAAGCGCCUGUGUGGUAAGACGCUGGCCAAGAUGCUGUGCGAUGACAACGUGAUGCACAUGUGGAAGACAGCCAAGCUCUUCAGACUUUCCCGCCUGGAAGACCAGUGCACAGAGUACAUGGCCAAGAUCAUAGAGAAGCUGGUGGAGCAGCCUGAGUUUGCAGAUAUGAUCAAGGAGGAUGCUGGGGCGGUGGAGGACCGCCAUGAGACGGACUCAAUCCCUCUGGUGGACGACAUCCGCUUUCACAUCACCAGCAACGUCCAGACCUUCAGCGCCAUCGAGGAGGCCAACGUAAAGCUGGAAGCGCUGGAGCAGCUUCUCUCUACCAUCGGCCUGGAAUGCUAAUGAGUAGGUGUAGUGGUGCUAGGGAUCGUACUGGAUUAGCUAGCUGCUAGCUAUGACCAGUGGCAAGAAGGAUUUGUUUGGGACUGUUGGACGUUAGGAAGGUCAUAUGUGUGGUGGCAUUAAACAGCUUUGCCAUUACAUACACAACUAUAGCCGUUUGUUUUACCAGCAAUGUGCACUGCACAGCUUCAAAUAACUUAAAUUCUCCAAUCUUCUAGGUCAGUGAUGUCCCUUGGACUAUACUUUCAGGGCUUUAGCCCCAAAUUAUUUUGGAUGAGCUCCUAAAUGUUUUCGCUGCAGCAAUGGUGUAAAUUAAUUGUUGGUUUAUUUAUUAGUUUAUUCAGGCACCAAAAUCUUUAUCAGUUAUCAUGAAUAUAAAGCAAUUGCUGUGUAGGGCUAAGUGUUUUCACUUAAUGUUGGUCUUAUAAUUUCAGCACCAUUAGGAUAUUAAAAAUGCAUUAUGCUGCUUUGGGACGAACACUGGUAAGUGUUUAAGUAUACCUAUUAUGGGACACGUUUAGGUGCGUGUUUGCUAUAUCAUUAAACUGGUUUGCCUAUUUAUUUGCAGGAAAGAUUUAGAAUAUUUUGCUACCAUUAAUUAUUGAGACCUAGGCUACUGGCAAUGACAUGACAAUGUCAGACAAUCAAUGGGCAAAAUGUGAUUUUUUUAAACUAGAUCUCCAUCUUUAGCCUAUGUCGAUAUAUUAAUCAAAAUAGGCUAAUGGCUUCAGUAAGCCUGAAAAUUGGCUGUUGACAUCAGUUAGUUUAUUUUAGACAACUUGCUGAUUAUUUUGAUAUGCUUUUAGCAUCCUAACAGUAGGACAACGUACAAAGAACCUCAUGGGGUUACUGAGCACCACAUUUUAUUGAAUUAGUAUUACUGUAAUUAGGGUUUAUUACGCUGUGCUAUUCUAUAACACCUUUAGUAUCAGGAUACUGGAGGUCUUAUAGAAUAUAUUGCAGAACAUUUGCCUAAUAAUAUAAUUGUUCCUGUAUGUACAUAAAUAAAUGAAAUAAUAUGUAAGAAAACAGCACUAUUUUGGCACGGAGAAUUAAUCUUCAUUUAAAUAAGUUUUAUAAAGCCCAAGGUUUUUGGGGCUGAGCCCGGAAUGUUAUGAACAUCUGGUGAUGUUCCUGUUCUCGGCUCAACCAGGUGGUGGUUGAAUAAUAUUGAAGUAGAUAAUGCUCCAGUGCAUGUGUGAGAUACAUUUAAGUAUUGGCCUACAAUGUCAAGGAUGUGGCCUGGGGUUGCCUAGAUGUCUUCGCUCCUUUCUCUGGUGCACAUGAACUGCUGUGGUGUGGGUUUCAAUCUGACCCACUGCUCUUACAGCAAAAACUCUCCUCCUUGCAGAACCUCCCUGUACAUAAAGCAUAAAUAUAUAUUAAAAAAGAAAAAGAAUGUGAAAGAGAACUCUGUUGGGACUGAAUGCUUCAAGCUGCUUGUGAGUACCUUGGCCAGGCUAGAGUUGGGUUACAUUUGUUAGAGGAUGUUGAGGUUGAUGAUGCAUUUUAUGCAAACAAAUUUUACAGUGAGUGAUGUAUGGACUCUGGUUUGUUAUAUUUACUUUUAAUUUGGUGUUUUAUUUUAAAGCAAUGCACUUUUUACAGAAAACAGUACCGUUUUCUACAGUUCAACGAAGGUUACAGGGACGACCAGACAUCAGACCACAUUAUAGAUAUAUUGUAGGUAUAUCAAAGUAGAUAAUGUUUCAUGUAGCUAUUAAAGCACAAUUCCAUGUGUGUGAAAAACCAUAUUAUCAAAAUGUAUCUGGUUUUAAAACUAUAUGUUACUCUGUAGAUUUUCUGAACAGCAGCAAAAUCUUUUCCUGGUGGAAUUUAUUGUGUUGUUUUAGUGGCUUACCUUUUAUAUGAGACAAGGCAAUCGGUUUGUAUUUGACCCAGAGUAUGAUCUAGGUCUAAGCACAUGUUGAUUACUCUGGUUGGGUGGAUUUUAUUUUGAUUUUAGGAAUAGGGAAAACAUAGUAACAUGGCUAUGGUUCAAACAAAUGAUAAUAGUUUAACCCUAUUUUGUAAUAUAUGAACAUUUAUUAAAUCCAUUAUACAGACUCUUGAUGUAAACUCAGAAUUUAGGUAUAAUUACCCCUACAGUACCUUUAGAAAGAAUAUACAAUCCAUGAUUUAUUUAGCUAGAGCCUGGAGUUAGCAGCAUAUUAGUAUAGUCAUAUUUCAUUAGUGUAAACAAACAAACUGAUGUUAGCAAAGCUUCAAUGCAGACAGCAACUUCCUAAUAUAGUCUUGCCUUUUAAUGUCAGGCCCUGCAAUAAUGUAUUAAUCAUGAGUAACGUCAUUUCUUUAGAUUUAUGAUUUAGUUUUGAGUUUCAAGACCCAUUGGACGAGUCUUUAUAUGGCAUUUUAAACAGCUUUCCCAGUAAAACAACUCUACAAUAAAUGGAGUCAUGCGUAAUUCCAUUUAUUAAAAAAUAAAAUACUGAAUGAU